AUGUCCGACACUCCGCGAGGCGUCGAGCAUACAGACUCGAUAGACUCCCACGACUCUGCCCCGAAGCAGCCGGAGAAGACAAAGAGUCGCAGACCUCCCAGCAUCAUCUUUGCCCCUAUCGGCGGCCUCCUUCUCUACGCCAGUUCGCUGGUACUUUGCCCUGUUCACCGUCUUGUGCUUUCUUAUCAUGGUCUAACUCCCUUGGCCCCAACAGAUAUGCCUGGCAGUGCUGUGGAAUCCGCUUUCAAGAACGCCAACAGUAGCGUUCGCGCGCAGUGGGCGAGAAAGAAAGAUGUAAACGUCACCCUUCAUAAUGGUAGAGAGAUCAAGGGCAACCAGUGUGUUCUCCAAUUCACCAUUCCUGAAGACAUGGGCGCACCUGUCCUAUUCUACUAUCAACUCACCAACUUCUAUCAAAAUCACCGUCGCUACGCCGAAUCCUGCGAUCUUCAGCAACUCAAAGGCGACGCACGCUCGUACAGCGACAUCACCGGAUCAAAAUGUACCCCGUUAUAUGGAAUCAAGCCAAAUGACACGGGCAAGCCAUACUACCCUUGUGGUCUCAUUGCCAACUCCAUGUUCAACGAUAGCUUCUCCUCGCCGGCUUGGCAAAACCCUCCGAAUGACGGCAAGGCCCGCACAUAUAACAUGACGGACAAAGGCAUUGCUUGGGAUAGCGACAAGGAUCUCUACGGCCCAACCAAGUACAAGGCCUCUGAUAUUGUGCCCCCUCCCAAUUGGGCCAUAGCCUAUCCCGAUGGCUACACCACUGACGGCAUGUAUCGACCACCAGACUUGCAGAAUUGGGAGGCUUUCCAGGUCUGGAUGCGCACGGCCGGUCUGCCUACCUUUAGCAAAUUGGCCAUGCGGAAUGACCAGGACACAAUGGUAUCCGGUAUCUACCAAAUCACUGUCGAUGAUCACUUCCCCACGAUCGAGUACAAGGGCACCAAGUCCAUACUCCUCACCACCCGUACCGUCAUGGGCGGCCGCAACAACUUCCUGGGAAUCGCAUACAUUACCGUCGGCGGAGUGUGCAUUAUCCUCGGUGCCAUCUUCACGGCCACACACCUCCUCAAGCCAAGAAAACUCGGCGACCACACUCACUUGACCUGGAACAAGGUCCCGGCGUCCAAGCCCUCCGGCCCCAGCACAGCUAUGGCCAGCGGCCGUGAAAUCCGCCCCGGCGAUGCCUAG